AUGGCUGGAGGCAAAGCUGGUAAGGACAGUGGGAAGGCUAAGGCAAUGUUUCACUCCCAGAGAGCUGGGCUUCAGUUUCCCGUGGGCCACACCCACAGACAUUUGAAGACUCGAACCACAAGCCAUGGAAGUGUCGGUGCCACUGCAGCUGUGUACAGUGUUGCAAUCCUGGAGUACCUCACUGCUGAGGUGCUGGAGCUGGCAGGUAAUGCUUCCAAGGAUCUCAAAGGGAAGCGGAUCACUCCACGCCACUAGCAGCUUGCAAUCCAUGGUGAUGAAGAGUUGGAUUCUCUUAUCAAGGCUACCAUAGCUGGGGGUGUUGUGAUUCCUCACAUU